CUCCACAGAUGGCAGCACACCUCAACAAUCAAUGUUUAAAUUUGAAUUUUAUGCUAUAUUUUAUCGUUCAAAUAAUUUGGCAAUUACAUUCCAAGUCGUAUUUUACAGACGCAUAUAGAUUCCAAUAUUGAGGAAAAGUUAGAAAACGAGGAAAACGUACAGUCAUUCAAAUUUUUGUAAAUAUUACGAGAGCGUAUCCCUCGAGCGAAUACUAUAAAUCAAUAUCGCCCAGCGAUACCGCAAGUAAAUAGAAAAGUCAUGAGUUAAAAUGGGGUUUCAUUUAACAUCAGAGUCCUUGAAGCUUUCCAUUCGAAUGAAGUUUGCGGCUCUUUAAUCGAGUAAGUUUUUUGACUGAUGCAUUUGGUAACCACGUGUAGUAAGAUAUUAUUAAUCUAAAAUGCGAAGCCGAAGUUUAUCAUUGCGAAAGUUGACCAGUUCUGACGGCGGUCGCAAUAAAGAUCAGAGUAUCACCUCGGCGAAGACGACCCUACCUUCAAAAAAUCGUAGAAUACCACAAAAAUAUGGGACAUCAAUUUUAAAUCAGAGGCAGAAUUAUCGCGUCAUCGAGGACGACGUUGAUUUAACCCCGAAGAAUUUAAUCCACGCUGCCUAUCAUCCUAUCGAAGAAAACCAACUCACAGCAUUUGAUACGAUCGUAUUGGGUCAGGGAACGAGUAAUACGCAAUUAUUUUCCUGGUCCUCCGGAUCUCAGCAUGGAAAUUUGAAGACCAAUUCGUCUCUUAUGUUCAAAUCGAGCUCUAUACAAAUGCAACAAACCCAACUUAUGGAUGAAUUCACCAUCGACGAAAGUAUUGCUUCUUAUACUCUUUCUUCAAAUUUAGACGAAGAUCGAGCACCGUCUCAGUUUCACCUCUCCAGAUUCGACUCCGGCCUUAUGCACGUCCGGCCGGAUAAAGUGAAUAUAAUCUUACAAGAAACGGACGUAUUCUUCAUUUUUGAGCUGCCGCAAUUGACCGUCGAUUUAUCGUCAGAGGAGGGUAUUGCCGUUAAGGAGGCGAACGAACAAUACGAAUACAUCACAGUAGGAGCAGGAUCUAACAGAAAAUUGGUAGAUGCGGAGGCCCAAACACCGUGCAUCUACCGUAAAAAUAGAUCCACUUAUCUAGCCAGAACUAAGCGGAGAAAUCAAGGAACUCUUGUUAAUAAUUGGAUAAUGUACGACACAUUCGAACACCUAAAAUCCACCAAAGCUAAGGGUCCUAUUUUUAUAGACACGGAAGAAGCUAGGCAGAAAGCUUUGGAAAAAAAGAUCAGUCCGAUGAAGCUACCGGAAAUUGAAGAUGCUACCGAUCAGUUGAGCGUUGAAAUGCAGUUGACCCAUCUAGCGGAACACACAGAUUUUUUGGACUCGGCGACGAUCAUAGAGCGAAUGGUAGCCAGUAAUCUCUACAUAGUACCUCAGAAAAGGUUCAAAGGCAUAAUAAAGCAGGAUCCGUAUAGUCCAACGUUAGAAUUCACUUACAGUCUAGAAUUUCUCUGGUCUUUCGUUUCGGACUUAAGCGCUGGAUACAGCGUGGCUUGUUUCUGUUGGAAUUACGUGAACCGGGACGUUCUAGCGGUUGGUUACGGGCCGAUAAACAACCAGGAGGGACGUCAAGGUCUCGUGAUGAUAUGGACGGCAAAGAACCCGCACAGGGCUGGAAGAUGGCACUAUUUUAACAGUCCUAUUUCCGCCCUCGACUGGAGUCGCAAUCGUCCAAAUCUUUUGGCGAUCGGAUUCUACGACGGUGUGUUACAAGUGAUCGACAUCAGCAAUAAAAAUCUAGUCGUUAUGAGAUGUAGCAACAGAAGCAGCUCGCCGUCUUACGCACCUCAUUGGCAAGUUCAAUGGUGGCCUGGAGAAGAUGAGGUAAUGUUCGAGGAGCAACUUUACACCUGUAAUCAGGACGGUAGGGUGCUUUCGUACAGAGCAGACACGGAUUUCAGCUGUACGCAGAUGAUGAGGAUCAGUAGAAUCGAAGGAAAAAUCAAAGGCGUCGAACAACAACCCGAGCAGUGCGUUGUUCAUGAUAUUUCAAUUACCAGGAAUCCUGGCGCACUGGUUCUCCGCAAACACCCAGCUUUGUCGAUGAUUUAUUUUGUCGGUUCGGAUGAAGGAUGCAUUCAUAGAUGUUCAACGACUUAUUUACAGCAACAUAUAGACAGUUUCAGAGCCCAUAACGGGCCGGUUUAUUCGAUACAAUUUUCGCCAUUCUGUUCAAAAAUAUUCUUGACAUGUGGCGCUGAUUGGUGUACGAGGAUAUGGGCUGACGGAAUAAACGAGCCUUUGAUCACCUUGUCGACGCAAAUGGCCUGCGUUCAAAUGGCUGCUUGGAGCCCGAAGAACUCAACAAUAAUCGCCACUAUCGUCAACAACCAGAUUGACGUAUGGGACAUCAGAAGAAAGUCCUACACCGCGGCUUCUAGUACGAUUUGUGACACGCAAGGUAGAUUAUUACUUCUCGAAUUUACGGCGAAUGGAAAUCAACUCGUAGCUGGUGACACUACUGGAAAAAUAUUCAUAUAUAAUCUCGAAGGAAUGCCAUUUCCACCGUACAAUCAAACCCAAGUUCUUGUCACCUCCAUACUCAAAGGACUCGAAACCAAGCCCAAUCUGAUUCGUAAACUCAAAAAACUUGGUAGCCCUUUUUAGUUGCGUACAAUACAGACGAAAGAUAACUGGAAAUAAACAAUCCAACGGUCAUAAUGAAUCAACGUUGGUCUACUCAUUGUCACCAAAAACGUGAAAUUACACGACCUUUUGACUUUACAAAAUGUCAAAUUCGUGCUGUUGCAUUUUUUUGAGGGUGUCUUAUCGGUCCCGAGCACCCCAGAUUCCGCGCUAUAAAGCUCAAAUCUUAUAUCCGAGCUCUGGGGGACCGCGAUCCAGGACGAGGCCUGAAGCUGGACUCUCAAGUCCCAUCGGGUGUCCGGUUAGCCGAGGGGACUAAGACCCAUCGCUUAAAGAGGGGCCUCUCGGCUUCGGGUCUCGAUUCUCGGUUCUCGGUUCUCGUCUCUCGGGC